GGCCAGACGGUCAGUUUGCGGUGCUUGCCAGUCAAACAGCUGACACUGACACGGGCAGUCCUAAUUGAGUUUAAAAUGCUACGGGAGGUGAAUCAUGCCAACCUGGCCAGAAUCAUGGGUGCCUGUUUGGAGGACAACAUGAAAGUGCUGGUCACUGAGCACUGCGUCAAGGGCAGUCUGCAGGACCUCAUCUGGAAUGUGAACAUAAACUUGGACACCCAGUUCAAGUUUUCUCUGUGUACAGACAUCAUCAAUGGACUCUGUUACCUCCACGAGUGCCCAAUACAUCAACACGGACGACUCACCAGCAACGUCUGUCUAAUCGACAAUCGAUUUUCAGUCAAAUUAACGGAUUUCGGACUUCCGACCAUGUACAGCAGCCUACUUGUGGAUGUCAGUAGUCAGGAAUUUCAGCAUGACUGUUUGUGGAAAGCUCCGGAGAUUCUCAGAAGUGCCGAGGUCUGUGUUGGAACAAUGGAAGGUGAUAUCUACAGCUUUGGAAUCAUUCUUCAGGAACUUGUAGCCAGAGACGCUCCAUUUGCUGCAGAAAGUGUCUAUAUGUCCACAGAUGAAAUUAUACAGAAAGUCAAAGAUGGGGGCAGCCCUCCUUUCCGGCCCUCAAUGGAACUUCCCGCUGCCAUGCAACACUUCAGUGAACUCAUACAGGCCUGCUGGGCCGAGGAUCCCAAAUGUCGACCAACAUGUCAGUCUGUGAAAAACUCCAUUAGGCGGAUAUGUGGGUCCCUAGGAGACAGUGGUAGUUUGAUGGACAAUCUGAUGAGGAGGAUGGAGCAGUACGCCAACAACCUGGAGAAGAUGGUCGAAGAGAAGACAGUCGAGUUAAGGGAGGAAAAGAAGAAGUCUGAAGAGCUCUUAUACCAGAUCUUACCAAGGAGUGUGGCAGACAGACUUAAGUCCGGGCUUAGAGUGGAGCCGCAGGUUUAUGAAGGGGUUUCCAUCUACUUCAGUGAUAUUGUGGUAGACCUUCUCAACGACGUGUACUCGUGUUUCGACGCCAUCAUCGAAGAGUUUGACGUGUACAAGGUGGAGACAAUCGGAGACGCCUACAUGGUUGUGUCUGGGUUACCGCAGAGAAACGGCCAUCUCCAUGCCAUUAACAUAGCAAAUAUGGCUCUUAAGAUAGUGGAAACAGUUCGAGAAUUCAGAAUCCGCCACAUGCCUGGGGAGAAAUUACGAAUAAGAGUCGGACUGCAUUCAGGGCCAGUAUGUGCGGGUGUUGUCGGCCUUAAGAUGCCACGCUACUGUCUCUUUGGUGACACAGUCAACACAGCGUCCAGGAUGGAGUCUUCCGGCGAAG